UAUAUAUAUAUAUAUCUUUCUUUCUUUGCAAUGAGAACAGUGUAAACUGCGAGACACAGAAUGACCAGACUGAACCAAAAAUGUAUCUGCGAGAUCUGCACCUGUGGGCGUCAUCACUGCCCACAUCUGCCAACAGGGUUCUAUGAUAAGAGUGGAGAGCCCUGUCUGCUAACUGAAUAUCAUGAAAAGUAUCCUUUGUAUGGAAAUGUCAAGCCUCGGAACAGCUUUAAACCUGUAAACCAAACGCAAGGAAACCGGGGUAGAAUGGAAGGAACAUCAACAUUCAGAUCGGAUUAUGUACCUCAUGAUGUUGCACGUAGACCAGGUCGUGUGCAGAAGGAAUACAGACCACAAUCUGGUCAGAUGGAUCACUCUACAACCUACAAGAUGGACUAUAACCCUCACAAAGUGAAGCCUGCAGCAAUGAUUCGUCCUGCAGAGAGAAAACCUGGGAAAGGAACAAAGGUAGACACCAUACCUACAUACAAAGAUGAUUAUAGAAUGUGGGAAAUUCCCAAAAAGCCACCGAAGGCAGAUCAAGCUUAUUGUCCUCCGACAACAAAAUUUGGAAACCCAAGUACAUUUCAAGAUGAUUUUGGUCCCAAGGGAUUAGUGGCUACAGAGAGCUGCAAACCACCAAAUAUUCCAAAGGUAUCUGAUGUUCCCUUUGAAGGUUUAACAAGUCACCGGGUGGCUUAUGUUCCUCAUCAGCUAGAGAACCGAUUUAUUAGACAAAAAGAAGAAUACAAACCAAGUGACCAACCUUUUGAAGAUCUCACCACUCACCGUCGUGAUUACAGGGGCCUGCACGGAGACCUUGCUAAAAGCUGCAAACCUGAAUCCACUAAGAUAGGAUCUGAUGCACCCUUUGAAACUAGCUCAGAAUUCCGUGAUCGAUAUCAACCAUGGCCUGUUUCCUUGCCCUAUGUCCAUAAAAAACCCAAGUACGUGCAACCAGAUGGCCACAUGGAUAUGAAAACCACCAGCCAGCUUGAUUACGUAGGACAUAAAAUCAAGCCUCCUGCACCUUUCAGGCCUGCAAGUGCUAGAAAGGUCCAUGCUCCCUUCCAGGGAAAUACAACAAUGAAGGAAGACUUCAGGCCAUGGGAUACACCAAAGCUUUCAUUGAUCAAGAAAGACGAUGAGAUAAAAAGACCUUCUGGGAAGUUUGAUGACUUGACAACAUUCAAAUCUCAUUAUAUUCCACAUCAGCUCAAUCCAUCACAAAGCUGCAAGCCUUCAAAUCAACCACUGCACAGCACGACACCAUUUGAUGAUGGGACCAUGUAUCGUAUAGAUUAUACACCUAAGAAGUUAGAAAUAUGUCCAGCAAGCUAUCCAACUCCACCAGGCUAUAUCUUUGAACACACCGAUACACGUGGUCAUAAAUUAUAUCAGAAGCUACCAGCGUUGGAAUCCGAUAAUAUGCAACCGGCAUUUGAAAUGCAGCAUCCAAAUGAAAUAGCUGUGGAAUCCUAA